AUGUUCGCUAAAAAGGGCAUUCAAGCCGCUAAAGCUAGAAAAACCGGUACAACAAUUGCUGGGAUUGUAUUCAAGGAUGGGAUUAUCCUUGGAGCGGAUACGAGAGCAAGUGAAGGAACAUUUAUUGCUGACAAAAACUGCAGUAAAAUCCACUAUAUUUCACCAAACAUGUACUGCUGUGGCGCAGGUACUGCAGCUGAUACUGAGUAUGUCACACGUUUGAUCUCGUCUAAGAUUGAACUACACAGCCUAACGACCGAAAGAAAACCUCGUGUUGUAGCGGCUUUGACGAUGCUGAAGCAAAUGUUGUUUAGAUAUCAAGGUUAUGUUGGUGCCUACCUAGUUCUUGGUGGCGUUGAUUCUACAGGCCCGCAUUUGUAUACAGUUCAUGCUCGUGGUAGUAGUGAUAAACUGCCUUACGUAACUAUGGGUUCUGGAUCUCUUGCUGCUAUGGCAGUGUUCGAAGAUAGAUACCAUGUUAAUAUGGAGUUAGACGAAGCAAAGCAGCUAGUUAGGGAUGCAAUUGCAGCUGGAAUUUUUAAUGAUUUGGGUUCGGGAAGUAAUGUUGAUCUCUGCGUAAUAACAAAAGACGGGACCGAUUAUAUUCGCCCGUUUGAUGAAGCAAACAUAAAAGGCGUCAGGCAAGGAAAAUAUCGUUAUAAGAGAGGAACUACAGGUUUGUAUACAUGA